AUGCCUGCUGUAGGAAGACCAGUGUAUAUCCUUGGGGUUGGCAUGACCAAAUUUGCCAAACCCCAAGCGAAGAAUGACUAUGUGGACAUGGGCUUCGAGGCCGGGAUCAAGGCCCUGCUUGAUGCCCAUAUAACAUACGACGACGUUGAGCAAGGCGUAGCAUCAUAUUGCUACGGUGACAGCACAUGCGGGCAGCGAGUCUUUUAUCAAUUUGGCAUGACUCAAAUCCCGAUAUAUAAUGUCAACAAUAACUGUGCGUCUGGAUCAACAGCUAUGGUCAUGGCUCGCGACGCGGUCCGAUACGGUGCUGCUGAUUGUGUGUUGGCGGUUGGAUUCGAGAAGAUGGCCGCUGGAAGUCUAGGGUCAAAGUUCAACGAUCGGACAGACCCGCUUGACAGGGCUGCCGCGAUGUCAAGAGCUCUGAGCCCUGCAAAUUCGACUGCACCUUUCGCUGCUCAGCUUUUUGGGAAUGCGGCCGAUGAAUAUAUAAACAAGUUUGGCGCAUCUCCGAAGGAUUUUGCUGAGAUUGCUAGAGUCAAUCAUGAGCACUCUCAACGCAAUCCUUACGCACAAUUCCGGACUGAGUAUUCGGAAGAACAGGUUCUCGGGUCACCCAAUAUCUUUGGUGUUUUGACAAAACUGCAGUGCUGUCCCACAAGUGACGGGGCGGCAGCAGCAGUAGUUGUCUCUCAGUCCUUCCUCGAUGCUCGACCGCAUUUGAAACCCCAAGCAGUGGAAAUCACAGGUCAGUCACUGGCCACCGACAGCCCUGCAUUAUACGGAAAUUCUGCUCUGAGUCUGGUUGGUUAUGAGCUGGUUCGGCACACUGCGAAGCAAGCUUUUAGCCAAGCGCGAACGAAUGCACGAGAAGUAAAGGUCGUUGAACUGCAUGAUUGUUUCUCAACAAACGAAAUGCUUGUGAUUGAUUCCUUGGGCCUUAGUCCGCGUGGCAAGGCACACGAGUACGUGCGUGAUGGCUCCAUCACGUACGGCACUGGGCAUGCUCUCGUGAAUCCGUCUGGAGGUCUCAUAUCCAAAGGUCACCCACUCGGCGCGACAGGUAUAGCACAGUGUGCUGAGCUUGUUUGGCACUUAAGAGGCUGGGCAAAUAACCGACUAGUUAAUGUUCCGGCAGGGAAGGUGGCAUUGCAGCAGAAUGCUGGACUUGGAGGUGCAUGUGUUGUCACUAUUCUGCGUCGUGCGGAUGGCCAAGGGAACGAGAAGGUCACAGAUGCAGAGGUCGGGAAGCUGACAGGAUUAGGCUAUAAUCCAGCUGUUGAGGCACGUGGAUUCACAGUCAAGCAGGCGGACAGUGUUCGUUCUCGUAGCCGGCAUGACUGGGCACUGGGGAAGGGCAAGGGAUAUGGACAGGCUCGAGUUUAG